AUGAAUAUCAUGAAGUGGGAGAAGGCUGACUGGGAUCCGAAGGGAUCCUGGGCCGCACGGGUGUGCUUUGAGUGGCGAGAAUUUGUGUUUCGCUUCCGCCGCGCAGCGCCGCUCGCUCAUCCCGUGACACUAGGUUUGGCAGGUUUGGCUGCUACUUAUGGUUUGAACCUAAAUGUUCUGCAAGCUUGGGUGAUAUGGAAUACAUGCAAUGUAGAAAACAAAAUGAUAUCAGUGGAGAGAAUUCUUCAGUUCACAAAGAUACCAAUUGAAGAACCACUAGUGAUUGAAGACAACAGACCAGUUCCUGAAUGGCCAAUGGCAGGAAAAAUUGAAAUCGAAAACCUUCGUGUGCAAUAUAAUCCAGCUCUCCCAACUGUUCUCAAAGGGAUCACUUGCACCUUCCCUGGAGGGAAGAAAAUAGGAGUCGUAGGCAGGACAGGGAGUGGAAAGUCCACUUUGAUCCAAGCGCUCUUCAGGAUAGUGGAACCCUCAGGAGGGCAGAUUCUUAUUGAUGGUGUUGACAUUUCUAAGAUAGGUCUGCAGGACUUAAGGUCAAGGUUGAGCAUUAUUCCACAAGACCCAACUUUAUUUCAAGGAACAAUGAGGAACAAUCUGGAUCCUUUGCAACAACAUUCUGAUCAAGCACUCGGGGAGGUUCUGAAUCAAUGUCGACUGGCGGAGAUCGUUAGGCAGGACCAAAGGCUUCUUGAUACACCUGUUGCUGAAGAUGGAGAAAACUGGAGUGUUGGACAGAGGCAGCUUGUUUGCCUGGCCCGAGUGCUUUUAAAGAAAAGGAAAAUUCUCGUCUUGGAUGAGGCUACAGCUUCUAUUGAUACAGCAACAGAUACUCUAAUUCAGCAGACAAUAAGAAAAGAAACGAGUGGAUGCACUGUGAUCACUGUGGCUCACCGGAUUCCUACGGUUCUCGACAAUGACCUGGUUUUACUUCUUGAUGAAGGCAGGGUUUUAGAGUAUGAUUCUCCAGCUCGGUUACUUGAGGAUAGUUCUUCUGCAUUCUCCAAAUUGGUUACAGAAUUUUUGAGGAGAUCUUCCAUGAGCAAGGGCCUAUAG